CAAUGGAAGCUGUCGAAAGGUUCCCGUGGUUCCUGCAGAAACCCCUAGAGACGACACGUGACCGAUGAUGGCAUCGCAUCCGGCGCCGUGAUCCCUUUCAACCACGGCACAGAUCUCUGAGCAUCGCGCUAGGAAUACCUCUUAAUGCACGGGUAGUCUGAUUCUUCUUCCAUCUAGUCAUUGUUCACAAUGUCGGUCAUUCUCCCCAAAGAUAGGAACAAUUACCUACCGCCUCUGCCCAUCGGAACAUCCUCCCAUCACCAGGACCCUUUUGUUUACAUUGACCGCCAGGCCAAACACAUUCAGCGUAAUCUCCAGAUCCUAAUCGAUGCCCAGAGUGAAGGACUCCUAGCCGGUCUGGCGGGACCACCACGGGAUGGUACCCUCUCCAGCGGAAGUUAUACUCCAACCUCGGAGACCAGCAAUUCUCAGCGCCCCUCAACCAUACCGGUCCGGCAACCGGCUCCGGAGAAGAUUGGGCUAUCUGCUGCACGACAAGGAAUAUUUAGAUCCAUCUACGACCUACUGAAGCUUCGGGAGGAGGAGCGAGAAAUACUGACAUUCCGAAUUGAUGAAAGGAAGGAUGCAUUAGGGGAUAUUGACAAGUUCAAUACCCAUCGUGCUGGGCUGGAAAGCGCCAUCUCGACCAUCCAGGACAAUCAGGAAGGCCAGCAUACCAUAGCAUUGAGGGAGGAAAGUCGCAAGCUGGAAGGAGAUAUUCAUGAUAUGGAGACUAGGCUGUCCCAGAUGCGAGCGCGGCAUCAGCACGUUCUGCGCGAAUUAUCCCAGAUGGAGAAUUCUAUUGAAUCAAAGCUCUCUUCUUACAAAGCCUCUAUGUCCCUCCUAGACUCGAAUAUCCGGAAAUACCUGCAAACCCCUCCAGUGAAACCUCAGUCGACCAGUCCUAACGAUGCAACCUUCUACUCCUUGAAGCCUAACCGACGGACACUUGAAAUGGCACAGGAACACUGGCGAAAAGAGCAGACAAGUCUGCGAGAGAGACAACACGAAGUCAAUGCCGAAAUCGAGGCGCUCGAAGCAGGAGGCGGGGUCUGGAAACAAGUGGUUGGGGAAGUCUCUGGGUUUGAGAAACGCCUGAAGUCAGCUAUGCGCCUUUCCAUUCAGAUUCAGUCCCAGCUACUGAACCAUGAUGGCCCUUCUGGUAGCAAGUCCGAGGAGGACCUUGCCCGGACAAUGCUGGAGGAUCUGGCGCAUACCACAAAACGCGUAGAAUAUCAUCUAGAGGUUGCGGAGAAUAAAGAUUGGAAAUUGCUGGUUUGUUGUAUCUCUGCGGAGCUCCAGGCUUUGCGAGAAGCGCGGCGGUUGCUAUUGGAUGUUUUCAAUGUGGCCGAAGCGGCCAUCUGGCCGUCAGUCGACAAAGAAGCAGAUUUCAGGAAUCACCCCCAUGGGGACAGUGAUUCAGAAGCCGAUCCCCUUGGCGUGGAUAACCCCGAGCCUCCGGCCGACUUGCUCAGGGAUACUGGAGAACACCCGCAUGAUGCAGUCACCCACUCCGAGGAUGAAGAUGAUGAGCCUGAUCCCGCCUGGCUGCUUCCUGAGACUUGAACGGGUCCUUACCUGUCCAUUAAUUGACUACCAACAGAAUGAGCCGUCAGUUAGCGUAGUAACUAUUUCGGCCAACUAUUUCAAUUUUUGGGGGACGCUCUAUCCACAAGUCAUCAAGCAACCUCAGUGGGUACUGCAUGGGCAGUGAAUAAUAUCGAGAUUCUACAACCGAACGAGUCCGGCAUGCAUCUUCAUGGAAAAGUUAUCAUUGCA